CCGGCGGGGCAUGGCGUCCGAGCGUGGCGGGCGUCGGCGGGUGGUCUGUGAGGGGUCCCGGGUCGGGGCCGGGGGGGUCGGCCGCGCGACGGGGCCGAGGGCCGGGGCAGGUGGGGCCGCUUGCUGCCUCUCGUUGGCCGCGGCGGCGGCAGCGGCAGGCGCCAGCGAGGCUAGGAGGGCGCGGCCGCGUAGCUCGGCAGCUGGGACGCUCGGCCGGGCCCCGGCCCGCGCCCAACCGGCGCGAUGCUCUUCUCGCUCCGGGAGCUGGUGCAGUGGCUGGGCUUCGCCACUUUCGAGAUCUUCGUGCACCUGCUGGCCCUGUUGGUGUUCUCUGUGCUGCUAGCCCUGCGUGUGGACGGCCUGGCUCCUGGCCUCUCCUGGUGGAACGUCUUUGUGCCCUUCUUCGCUGCUGACGGGCUCAGCACCUACUUCACCACCAUCGUCUCCGUGCGACUCUUCCAGGAUGGAGAGAAGCGGCUGGCCGUGCUCCGCCUUUUCUGGGUCCUCACAGUUCUCAGCCUCAAGUUCGUCUUCGAGAUGCUGUUGUGCCAGAAGUUGGUGGAGCAAACGCGAGAGCUUUGGUUCGGCCUGAUCACGUCUCCGGCCUUCAUUCUCCUGCAGCUGCUCAUGAUCCGCGCCUGCCGGGUCAACUAGCCUCGCAGAAGAUAGGCUGGAGUGCUGGGGCCCACACGGAGUCCCCGUGUCUGCCGCACCAGAGAAAUCCUGAGUCUGAGGGCCAGCUUGUGCCCUGCUGCGUGCCUGGUUUUCGAUCAGUCGUGUCUGAAAUUGUUCUCUCAGCUGGGCUAAAAAGAGAAGCCUUGAUUCUUAAAGUGUAUUUUCUCUUACUUCAUGCUUUGAAUAGCUAAUCUUGAACUGAGAUCCCGAGAAGGAUCCUGAGAAGGCCAGACAAUCCUGAACUCCUGACAGAAACUGCAUAUAAGUAAAAUAUCCUCAUGGGCUCUUGAGUAUUUUCAUGGAUCCUGGCAAAGUACGCCGUGUGCAAAGGCUGCAAAGCUGGACUUGGGAUAUGCCCUGGCGAGCAGUGCUGACCUGAGCGCUUGCUGUCCCCAUCUCCCCAGACAAGACUUUCUUAGAUGCUUGAGCUCUAGCAAGUGUAAACCGGCUUGUGUCUUCUCCCCAGUGGCGCUGCGGAGGGUAGCUUUUUCUUCAUUCCAACCCAGGCAGACAGGAGGAUGUUAAAUAAGCGUGACCCGGACCCUAUCCAGAGAUCUGUCGCCUGAGAAAAGAACUUGCUUUCAAGGCACUGCUUGGCUUCCUGUCCCAGCUUUUCCACCACCUUGUGGCCGGCAGUGUUAGUGCACCUGAGACGUUUAGGCCACUCUGAGGGACCAGAGAGGAACAGGUGUUCUGAUGCGAAUGGGCAUUGAGACCUACACAUGGGAAGUUUGCAGUUGGUCUCAGCCCACGCUUGUCACCCUGAGGGCUUUGAUUUGAUGCCAGUUAGGUGCCAAAUGAGAACAUUUGCUGAGAUGAAAAUAAAGUAAGAGAGUGUUUUGCUGAAACA